AUGGCAGUGUCUGUUCUGUUCUCACGGCUGACAGAGUUUGAUCCAGCAGGAUGUGAAGGUGCCAAGCUGGAUUAUACUCCUUUGUCAGAUGUCAACAUGGUCUGGACAUAUCCUGGGCAUGGUCCACAGACAAUGGGCAAUACUGAUCCAUUUGAAUUGAAGUAUGGCACCUUAACUCGUCUCUUCCAUGUAGCUUUUGUUUGUUUUGUCACCCAACGCUCCUUCCCAAGAGAAUAGUUACUCAUUAAAGAAACCAAUGAUAAAUGUAUCAGCAAAUUGAUAGUGAUGAUAGUUUUUGUGCAAAAAUUGAGUCCCUGUGAUUUACGGAUAUUUGACAGUAGUAGCCGACAGGAUUUUGGUUUGCCUAAGCCAGCCUCAGGGCAGGAAGAGGAAGGAGAGCUUGCAACUAUGUCUCUGGAAUUGAAAAAGUCAAUGCGAAAUGCUGAUUGGCGAAGAUGACAGUAGUAAUGAUGUCAUUACCCUUUGUGUGUGCUUACAUGUUUUUUUUCAAUGUUUGUUUUCAUUCGCCCUGAGUUUCGCUUUGCGCUGAUUGGCAGAAAUCUAACAGCUUAGUCGACAGGGAGCCACAGGGGAAUUGGAGGCAGAAUUCAAAUUCCAGAGACACAGUUGCAAGCUCUCCUUCCUUUUCACACCCUGCCGCCAGAGUGCCCUGAAGAGCCUGCUCGCAGGCUAAUGGUACAGUGUAGUGAAGCUUUUUAAUAUUACUAUGACUGAAUAAAGCUGAUUUGCAAGUUUUUUGUGAAGCCUGUAGGGAUUAAUGACAUGAUAAAUUUGUUUUACUGAUCUUUUGUUUUAGAGAGGAGUAUCUCUCUUUGAUGGAAUAUGCUGAUGAUAAACGUAUGGAUGUUGCUCUCAUUUUUAAGAUGCUUACUGAGGUAAGAUGAUAACAAAUAAUGAUACUAGAACUGUACAAAUGUAUGUGUAGUGACUCUAAUUAAAUAUACUCCUCCAUGUUUUUUUACUGGGACCACCUAGCAAAAGUCCGUCAACACGGCUGCAAGGAAUGCCUUAACCCCUUAAGUCCCAAGAGUGACCAAAAUCAAUUUUCUCCCAACAAAAUCAAUACAUAAUCAAGGGAAAAUGUUUUGAGGAUUAAUAAAAAAAUCAGCUGAUGGGAAAAGCUUUUAUAUACAAACAAAUUCUCUUAACCAAUUCAUUAAGGAAACGUAUGGGGGUUAGUCUGGAGAAUCUGUAUUUGCCUGGAUAUUGGGCUUAAAGGGUUACAAAACAGUAAAGUUGUCAAGUCUGACAGUAAUUUGGUGGAAACUAGUAAAGAUAUAGAUUUGUUAAGUCACUGACUUUUACAUAUAUUUGUAUUGUGGAGGCAAGUUUGUUUCCCCCAUUAUACAAAUGUCUGUAAAAUCUUGCAACUUUGUGGGACAAUAUCCCCGCUUGCUUUUCACAUAAUUUUCCUAAUUUUAAGAUGUUCUUUCCAGCAUAAAUGUCAAUGGAUAUUCGCUUAGUGGUCUUUAUCAAAGUACACAAUUAGUUAUUGAGAUUAUUGUUGAAGUUUAAAAAGCCCUAUCCACACGUAUCCGUUUUUGUUUGAAGACGGAAAUUUUUUUCUCCAGUGAGGGGGUGCUUUCGUAUUUCCAUUGCUUAGCGUUUUCAUAUGGACGGGCGAAAACGAUUCGAAUAUGCCAGGUGUGGACACGUAUAUUUUUUAAAAUGGUUGGAUAAAAUCUCCGGUUUCAAAAAUAUCCGGAUACGUGUGGAUAUGGCCUAAACGACAUUUAAUUUUGGUGUUAAGAGUUUAUGUCAUUUUUUGUAGACUGAAGUUAUGGAAGAACAUGAAGAUGCAAGGAGAAUCAUGGCAGAAAAUGUAAGUUGUUACAGAGUUCACACAAAGUCUUGAUCCUUGAAAAUGUCUUGAAAAUGUUUAUAUUUGACAGUUUUUAUUCAUUGAUAUUUUAAAGGUGCUUAAAAUAAUAGACGUGGACAACAAAGGUUAUGCAUCUAAAGAAGACAUUCAAGGAAUGACGCUUGAACAGCUCAAACAAAUAGCAAAUGAGGUUGAUGGUGAUCCAGCUAACACUGAGGAAUAUGAGUUUGCCUUGUUUGAAAUUGAUUCUGUAAGGUAA